AUGCAAGAAAAGUUCCUCCGGUCUAGUGCAACGACCUCCUUGUGCUUCCUGUUUGGGAACCCAGAAACUACAAAGCCACUUAAGUCGUGUGCAUUCCCUCUUUGUUGGGUGUUUUGGGAGUCGCUGCGAAGGUUCUAUAUCCUCCGCUUCUCAAUUACAUACCCGUGGACGUCCUGGUAUGACGAGGGCUUGAACCUCUUCGAUGUCGCAUACGCCGAUGUCAUUUGGGGUGGAGCUUCCGGCAUUUGGGGCCUCUCGCAGAGACUACUGACCUGGGCCAUCGUAGCCACGGUGUGGACGAUCGAAAGCCCUGCCUACUAUCAGCUCUUCGGCCUUUUCGGAGCUAUGUCUGGGAGCUACUGCCUCAUUCCUUUUCAUUCCCGGCCUGCGGACAAGGUACCAGCCUCGCUUGCUUGCUUCACCAUCCUGGCCUUCGGUUGCGUAUGGAUGCUACCCCACACCACCACCAUGAGGAGCUUGAGCUGGUGGCUUUGGCUCCUGCACGCCUGCUUGAUCGUGCCGAAGUUCGGCCACUGUGGCCCCCGUGUGGAUCGUGGAGCACUGUACUUUGUGCUCGCGAUGUUGAGCUUUGCGACCCACGUCGCCUCGACCCGUAGCUCGAUACCGCAGUCGGACUGCCAAAUCUCUAUCUCCGUGGAUGUCUUGGCCUCUUCUGUACUGACAUGCGUCUUUGCCGCCCAGCACGUCAGCGUCCCGGAGCUGCUGCUGUGGACGGUGCUGGUCUUUGUCGCUUCCCCGGGCUUCGUCUUGGGCUGCAUUUGCGGCUUCUACCAGCAUGGAUUCAGGUCAACCCUGGUGACCCUUAUCCAAAAAGUCGUCUCUCAGCUUGCCGGCUCGUCUCACUCGGGAUGGAUGAAUCUGGGGUACUGGCGGUCCACCACCGACUACCCCGUCGCCUGCAGGCAGCUGGUGGAGGUAAUCGGCGGGGAAGCAGCCAUCAAGGUCUUCCUUGUCAGCGGCGGCGCCUUCGGGAAAAGCUUUGUUGAGCAACCCUCUUGGAGAGUUGGUGCCAGGGCCUUUGGCCCCGCACUAGCGAGCAGGAGGGCAUCCACCUGGGAGGCGGCCGAGGACGAGGUUGCGAUGGAAGCGCCGGACGCGGCGCAGAGGCAGCAGCAGGCUGCCAUGGAGCAAGCUGCUGCCGCAGCGGCUGCCCAACAACAGGCAGCGGUGACGGCACAGCAACAGGCGGCAACAAUGGCCGCCGCAGGGCCGGUAGAGCAGGCAGCCGUGGCCGCUGCAGAGCAUGUUGCCCUGGCAGCCAGCCAUCAAAGGAGGAGCGAGCAAUUGGCUCGCCUGGUGCAGAAGCCGGAUAUAUACCGGCCAGAGACCCGCGACCAGGAGACGGACCAAUGGGUGGACUGGCGGUUCUCCUUUGUUUCCUACCUUGGGGUCGUGGACAGCAAGUUUGUAGAAGAGAUAGAGUGGGUGGAGGCCCAAGCUGGCAUCGAGAAGCUCAUGAUCAACAUGGACCCGCAGACACAGGUCCGGGCGAGAGAGCUGUAUUGCAUAUUGCUCUCGUUCGUGAGGAAUCGCCCGGCCAAGUUGGUCCGAGCUGUUCCCCACCAAAAUGGGUAUGAAGCCUGGAGACAAUUGGUGGUGGAGAUGAUGCCCAGCAGCCGACAGCGCCAAUUGGCGUUGGUUACGCAGCUCACCAGCACGAGGCUGGAUCCAAAAAGGGCCAUUGGAGAGCAACUGGGCCGCUACGAAGAACUUAUCCGCGAAUACGAGCGGGUCUCAGGGACCAAGUAUGCGGAGGACCUCAUGAUCUCCACCUUGGUCUCGGCAGCCCCGCCGGCGUUGCAGGCCCAGUUGCACAUGGCCUUGGGGGAGGACACGACCUACCGACAGGUGAGGGACAAGGUGCUUCUUUAUGAGCGCUCCACUGCCAAAUGGCAUUCUGGGGCCACCUUGGGAAUGCCCUCACUGCACACGGCAGACGGGCCUGUGCCAAUGGAGAUCGAUCGUGUCCAGGAGAAGGGCGGCAAGAAGGGCAAGGGGAAGAAGGGCAGCCCCGACCACAAGGGCAGCAAGGGCAAAGGCGCUAAGGGGAAGCAGCAGAAAGGCAAGAGCAAAGGAGGCAAGGCCUCAGCUGAGUGCUUUGCUUGCGGGAAGCGCGGCCACUACGCGCGAGACUGCUGGAACCCAGCGCCAAAGGGGAAAGGAAAAGCCCAGAGGGUGCAUCAGGUAGAGCAGAUGGAGGCGCAAACCCCGGUGCCACCCUCCUCGGCGUCUUCUACAGGCUCCACGGCGGCGCCCUCGGUGAGCUCGGCUGGGCCAAGCUCGAAAGGUGUUCGGCUUGUUCGGAUGGUGACUCCUCCCUUUGCUCCCCUGCUGGAGGUUUACGAUAUGGCCAGCGACUUCGAGGACGAGCCGGUGAUCGAGGGCAACGUGCUGGCCGUGACCUUCCUGAAGUAUAAAGGGGCGAUCUCGACGGCCGGCAAUGCAGCCACUGACGGCGAGCGGUGCGAGAUCAUCCUGGAUUCCGGGGCCGAUGCCUCAAUGAUCCCCGAGUGUUUUGGGCACUUGGGAACGGAGGAGCGCACGGCCAGCGCCCCGCACUUGGCCGACGCCCAGGGCAAUGUGAUAGCCAGCAGCGGGGUACGCAAGUGCGAGUUCAUGCUGGAGGACGUGACGGGCCAGCAGUUCCUGAUUAGGGAAACCUGUGUGGUUGGGCCGGUGCGGUGCCCAUUGCUGGCCGUGGGAAAGCUGCUGCGGAAGGGCUGGCAGAUCAAGACGGGCAGCCAGCCCGGCGAGCUGCAUCUUGAGGAGCCGUUUGGCCGGAGGACCUUGGUGGGCUACAAGAACCACAGCUUGAUUGUGAAAGGCCAGGUUCGGGCUUUGACCGAACUGCCCCGGAGCCUACCGCCAAAGGUUCCGGCGAUCGAGCUCCCAGAGGAGGUGAGUAGCAAGAUCGGGGAGGAGGGCAUGCACACGCUCUCCAAUGGAUGGCGCAUGCACUACUCAGCAGCCGCCACGCAGCUACUUGACGGCCGAGAAUGGUACGAUGCAGACUAUUGGUGCUGCCGCACCACUUUCUUGCAAACGGACAAUGGCCGCUGGCUGCAGGUGGAGAACAGCGCCGACUACUCCUACGAGGCCAACCCGUAUGGCAUGGUGUCGAGGGAGCCGGUCGCGAGGAUCACGCUCUUUAACAUGACACCGUUCGAUGCGGCUUGCUUCCCUGACGGUUUGGAACCCAAAGUCUCUGAAAGGAGCCAGUAUGAGCCGUCGCCUUCCUCUCCAGCCGACCUCCCUUUUGGAGGCCCCGCAGAGGCAGCCCACGAGGAGCCAGCAGCAGCCGCCGCGAGCGGCCAGGUGGAGGAUGAUGAGCCAAUGGGUGCACCACCGGCGGGCCUAACGCAAGAGGAGCUCGAGUCCUACAUUGGGUCGUGGGCGGCAAAGGCGGUUGAGGAGGACUUGGUCAGAGAGCCGAGGGCGGAGAGGCAGCCAGAGGAGCCGCCAGAUGAGGCCACGCAGGCCAGGCACCGGCUGACGCACAUUCCGUUCGCUUCAUGGUGCCCAGCGUGCGUGCAGACCCGGAGCCGAGACGACCACCACCGCCGGAAUGCCCACGACAAUGCCAUGCCGGUGAUCCAGACCGACUUCUACUACACGAAGGUUGACGCAGGCAGCCGGCCAAGCCCGGAGGCCCACCAGGAGCCGACGAACAUGAUGGCGGUGGACCUGCAGACCCGGAUGAUCUUGUCAGUGCCGGGCCCCGACAAAGGCCCAGGGAUGCUGAGGCAGGCAGCCGAGGAGCUUACCCGUUUCAGCGUUAGCCUGCAUGGCGAGGAGACCGUGGUCAUCCAAUCGGACGGGGAACCCAGCAUCAAGGCCCUCGUCCGGAGCACCGCGGCAGCACGACAGCGCCUUGGCCGGCGCACGGUGCAGCGCACCACCCCAGUCGGGGAUCAUGCUGCAAAUGGCGCGGCAGAGCGGGCCAUACAAACUGUGAGGCGUCUCGGGAACUGCUUCAUGGAGGCCUUGGAAGCCAGGGCCGGGAAACUCAGUGUCGGCAGCCACCUCCGUGUAUGGGUGCAGGGCCACGCGGCCUUUGUGUACAACAGGUUCCACAUUGUCCCGGGCAUCAACAGGACGCCGUUCGAGCUGGCCUUCGGCGGGAAGGUGUUUGAGCAGAAGCUGUGCGAGUUUGGAGAAGUGGUCUACGGCCGCGUCCUGCGGAAGAGCAAGGGAGAAGCCCAGUGGAUCAAGGGCGUUUGGUGCGGGAUCAAUCCGCACAAUGGAGCCCACCGGCUUAUGAGCACAUUUGGCCACCUCGAGUGCAACGCUGUUCGCCGUGGCACCGCGGAGGUGCAGCUGAAGGCAGAGGACCUCGAGAAGGAGAUGUUUGGGCUGCCGUGGGAGCACGGCAUAGUGGAGAAGCGCCGGCAGGCAAAACGCCGACAGGCCCCGAGAGCAGAAGGAGUUCCCAUACUGGCCGAACCGGCCGGGCUGUUGGCGCCACCGACACCGGCCACUCCUGGAGCAAGGUCACGUGCUGGCUCAGUGCCGGCCACCCCAGCCUUGUCAUUGCCGCCGACGCCGGGAGCCCCACCUGCACCACCAGCACCUUCAGCAGAGAUUGGGCCCGGCGAAGACGAGGCAGCCAGCGACCCGACCAGCACGAGUUCAGAGGAUGAGUUGUUGGCCGUGGCCGACGCUAGCCCAGGCGGAGUGAAGAGGAAAGCCGAGCAGCAAGCCAGCAGCAGUACAGCGCGGCCAAAGCCAACCCCAGCAGCUGACACACGAGAGGCCGGGACCAAACGCAAGCCCGAGGACGAAGCUGAGGGCGAACCAGAAAUACGUGUUGUGGAGACAGUGGACGCUGAGUGGCACGUCGUGGCAGAGGACUUCGAGGAGAUCCUGGUGACCGGCGUGGACCAGGAGUUUGAGGGCACGGCCGGCGACCAUGGAGACAUGCCGCCCGAGGUCACCCCGGAGGAGCUGGCCGCCCUAGAUGAGCAGGCGGAGAUCGAUGAGAUCGAGCGCUUGGAGAAGAUGGGCGUGCUGCUCCCCGACCAAGGCGACCCUGCCGACCACUUAUCCACUACCUUCGCCACGACCUGGAAGAAGGGGGACACAUGGUUCAGGCGAGCCCGCCUGGUUGCCAGGCAAUACAAGUGGGCCACGCACAUGGAGGACGAUGAGACCUUUGCCCCUGCGUCUGUGGCACCUUUGGGCCGCCUGGUGCCCCUCAUGGCACUCUCUUGGGGCACACCCAUACAUGUGCUCGACAUAAAGGAUGCGUACUUGACAGUGGAGCAGCCGGCCGACGAGCCGGUGGUGAUAUCGUCCCCAGCUUCCUGGUACAAGCGCUACGGUGAGCACAAGCAAUGGCGACUUGGCCGGGUGCUCCCAGGCCAACGGCGUGGUGCGCAGGAAUGGUACCAAAAGUUCAACAAGGACCUCAAGGCGAACCACCUGGAGCCCAUGGUGGAGGUCCCAACGCUAUACCGUUCCUUGGCUGGCCGCUUCGCAGCACAGCUCCAUGUGGAUGAUGUGCUGUCCUCGGGGGACACCGAGAUCGGUGAGCCGUUGCGCGAGAACCUCAAGGAGAAGUACACGGUGAAAGUGGCUGGGCCCUUUGGCCAGCCCGGUGACGAGUUUGAGUUUCUCAAGCGGCGCUAUUAUAUCGAGGGCGACGGGAGCAUCACGGUGAGGCCAGCGGUGCGCUUCUACCACGACAUAUGGGAGCUGACCGGGAAGCCGAAAGUUCGCUCCACACCAGGCCCUCAGGACUUGGUGUUUGGGGAGGACGCAAGCCCCAACCUGAAGCCGGAGGACGCCACCAAGUACCGAACGGUUGUGGGGAAGCUGCUGUACAUCAGUGGAGAGAGGCCGGACGCACAGGUGGUGAUCCAGCACCUGGCUUCCAAAGCGAGCAGCCCGACAGCCAAUGCAAAGAAGGUGCUUGACCACCUCAGCGGCUACUUGUGGGCCACCCAAGGCUAUGGGGUCAACUUGCGACCCAAGCGCGGCGAGUCGGUACUACGAUGUGAAGGCGGCCCGGCGCCCAACGAGCCACACCGACGAGCUGGAGGAGAAGGCCGGCACAUUGUCGAGGCCAUCUCCGACUCGAACUUUGCCAAUGACAAGGCAACGCGGAAAAGCUUGAGCUCAGGGCAGCUUUACGUGGAUGGUGCCCUGGCUUUUUCGUUCGUGAGGGCGCAGAAAGUGGUCACGACCAGCUCUGGAGAAGCAGAGUUGGUGGCCCUCACCCAGACAGUCGGUGAGGCACUUCUGUUGCGGAAGGCUGUGGCCUUCCUCGAGGGCAUCAGGAAUGAGGAGGUGGAGUUGGUCGCCAGGUCCGACAGCUCAGUUGCACGAGCGAUCGCAUCGAGGACCGGAGUGGGCCGAGUGAAGCAUCUGGCCACUUCGUGCUUGUGGUUGCAGGGCUACGUGGCCAGGAAGGAGCUAAGGGUAGCUCCGAUCCCCACUGAGGUGAACCCAGCUGAUGUUGGGACGAAGGUCCUGGCGGCGAGAAGGCUGGCGAUGCUCCUCUUCAUCCUCGGCAUGGUUGGUGACCAAGGCGAGCCGGUGGGUCAGGAGGAGCACAACGAGCACCUUGCAAGGCGAGCCACCAGAGGCCGAGGCGUCAUGCGUUUGGCCCAGAUGUUGGUUGCAAUGCAGCUUCAAGGCUGCAGUCCCUCAAGUGCAGACGGGGAUGAUACUUUGGAGGGUUUCUUCGUGAAAGUUGCCCUCUUCCUUGACUACGUGGCGGUGUUCUGUGCAAGCAACCCCGGCAUCCUGGUUUUCUUUAUUGGUUUGGUGCUGGUCUUGUCGGCAAUCAUCGACAACGUGAACCAGAAGGACAGCGCGAACCAGAAGGACCACGCGAACCAGAAGGACGACGCGAACCAGAAGGACAACGCGAACCAGAAGGACGACGCGAACCAGAAGGACGACGUGAACCAGAAGGACGACGUGAACCAGAAGGACGCUGUGAACCAGAAGUCCCCACGUGCAGGUUGCGAGGCACAAGUUCACACCGCAAGUCAGCCGGAGCAGAUGGGAUGCAAGAGCGAGGGGGCGCAGCGCGAGUGUUGGCACCAAGCGUGUUGGGAGAUGGUGGUGCACCUGGACCGGCUGGGCGCCCAGAUCCUACAACUGGCCCGGUCCGAUACCGAGCGCCGUGAAGGAGGCGAAGCCUUGGUGAUGAAUGAGACGGACCGUGUGCUGUAUGCCCCAGCAAGAGGGCCAUCGAGAAAGGCCUUCAUCCAGGCCAAUGCUGCACAGGGGGCCAUCGACAGCCUCUACCACUUCGACAAGGCAAAGUUCUUCAGAGAAGCGGCCAAGGUGCUCAAGAUCAGGGAAUCUAUGGUCUUCACGGACGUCGUUCUUCGGCCAAACUCACCCACCUGGGUGCGCUUGUGCCUGUGUGCGAUGGACAUUCCGAUGUCUGGCCACUGGACUGAACAGGAGCACCGGACCCAGCUGCAGGAGGCUGGCUUCCGCGUCACGUCCUGGAAGUCGUUGGAGCCCUUCGUUCUUCAGCCGUCCUUCCCCCGUUUGCUGGCGCAGUACUUGGACUAUGUCCUGGUCAAGGUGGAGCUGUCUCAAGUCCUGGCUAAGCCAAGCGCUGCGAUCAUCGGUUCAGGUAUGAGUGGACUGAUCGCAGCCCACCUGCUGCAGGAAACUCACGACGUCAUCAUUUAUGAGGCUGGGCCAAAAUGUGGCCUCGUUGGUCUGCAAGAAGAGCUGGCACCCGGUGUCGCCGUGGACGUUCCCCUGCGCUUUAUGAUGCCACACUACUACCGGCACCUGUUGGGAGUCAUCCGGGAGCUCGGGAUACCGGUCCGAGCAGUUCCUUACAAUGCGGCCUACCAGAAGGGGACGAGCAUGCUGAUGGUUACAUCUACCAGCUGGUGCGGACAUAUCUGGCAACAUCUGAAGUAUGUUCCCUAUCUGGCGAAGCUGAUGUUCACGGUCUUCCUUUGCAAGGAGACGGAGGGUGAGAGCUUCCUGGAGUAUAUGACGCGCCAUGGCCUUCACAAGCAUGAGGCCUACCGGAUCUAUAGUUUGCACCUCAGCUGGAUGCUGUCCUGCACUUACGAGCAAGCCAACAACACGCCCGCCGGCGUGAUUCUCGGCUUCAUCCGGGCAAGCAAUCCGCUCGUUCGCAUGUAUCAAGAGAGCGGCAACAUCAUGCGCGUCUAUCCCACCAUGCGGGCUCUGCAGGAUGCUCUCCUGCGGGGAAAGGAUCUGAGGUUAGGCUGCCCAGUAAAGCCUUUUGGCGGCUCCCGAGUCAUCGAUGGCAGAGCCUUCGAUGUGGUACUGGUCGCCACGGAUGCCGCGGCAGCCGGAUAUCUUCUCGGUGGGGAGUGGAAGGAAAGGCUGGAGAAGAUCCACUAUCACAAGGGCUGCAUUGUGGUCCACAAGGACCCAGCCCUCAUGCCCCCGUCGCGAACGGAUUGGCGAACGUUCAACAUCAGGGAAGAUGGUGCAGAGAGCACAUGUCAGAUCACCGUAUGGCUGAACAAGUUCUGGGGGCGCGACGACCUUGACGAGGACCUCUUCGAGACGUGGAACCCAGCUGCCCAACCGGCUGAGAAUUUGACCAUCAAGGAGGCGACCCAAACCCCUUAA